GAACACCUUUAGAGUUUUCACCACGUGCAAGUCAUGCCGUUUGUUUUGGUUUGUGGAUAUCCAUCAAGUGGAAAAAGUAAACGAACGGAGGAUAUCAGGAAUUAUUUAAGUGAAAAAACCGAAAGAUUAGUCCAUGUUAUUAGCGAUCACACACUGAAAUUUGAUAAGAACAAAGUAUAUGCAGAUUCAAUUGAGGAGAAAGAAAUCAGGGGAAAGCUGAAGUCUGAAGUUCAGAGAUUACUGAACAAGGAUGACAUUGUCAUACUAGAUUCAUUGAACUACAUCAAAGGAUUUCGCUAUGAGCUAUACUGCAUAACUAAGGCCUGUAAAACUCCUCAAUGUGUGAUAUUUUGUGCUGUAGGUAAAGAAAAGGCAGCAGAAUGGAACAGUAGAAGAGAACCAGAGACAGACAGAUACUUAGACAAAACUCUAGAAGAGCUGAUGAUGAGGUUUGAGGAACCUAACUCCAAUCAACGGUGGGACAGCCCGCUGUUUGUGAUACACCCUGAGGAUGAGCUUCCCUACGAUCAGAUCUCAGACGCUCUCUUCAACCGGAAACCACCACCUCCCAAUAUGGCAACGCAAAAUCAACCACUUUCCUCCACUAAUUUCUUAUAUGAGUUGGACAGAGUAACACAGGAAACUGUUUCGACAAUUAUGGAGUCCCAGAAGCACAGUGUGGCUGGAGAUGAGAUUACUGUUCCUGGUGCUACAGAAAAAAUUCGUCUCAUACGCCCUGUGACCCUGGCCGAGCUACAGCGACAUCGGCGACAAUUUAUUACGUACACCAAAAUGCACCCUGUGGAGGACCUUUCUCGAAUUCCCAACAUGUUUGUGCAAUAUAUAAACAACUCAUUGACUUGACCGUGUCAGUUUAUUAAAUUUUUGUUGAUAUUGAUUUUAUUUAUGCAGCAAUAAAAUAUGGAAUGUUAA